AUGGCAUCGGACAGCGAGGUAAAAACCCUGCUGAACUUUGUCAACCUGGCCUCUAGUGACAUCAAGGCAGCCCUGGAUAAAUCUGCUCCCUGCCGUCGGUCGGUGGACCACAGGAAAUAUUUGCAGAAGCAGCUGAAGCGUUUUUCUCAGAAGUACUCACGGGUGCCACGGUGCCACCCUGCCAAGCCCCCGGAAUGUGGCCCACGCCGUGGAGCAGAGGACAGGGCUCGCAGCUGCCAGCCUGAGGUGCCCGGCCCUGGCCCCCUCGGUGCGGCUGCCACUGAGAAGAUGCUGCAGGCAGCCGAGGUGGAGGAGAGUCUGGUGGUUGAGCAGGCUGUGCCAGAGCAAAACCCUGAGGUCAACAGGCCAGACCAGGUGCCCAUGAGGAAACGACAGCUUCCUGCCUCCUUCUGGGAAGAACCGCGGCCGCCACAGAACCUCCCAGCCAGGGGCUUCCCCACGGGCCCCGAGGGGCUACCAGUCCCCAGGGACCCUCCUCCCUUCGAGGGGAAGAAAAGCAAGAGGAACCAAGACAGUAUUGGACCUGAGAGUCAUGAGCCUGCCCUGAAUGCAGGCGAGAAAGAUGCUGCUGGUGUACUUUCAGGCCGGGUGGGUGCCUGGACCUGCUGCCCCUUCCCCUGCCCUGGGCCAGCUGUUUACCAACCCCCAGGAACGCUGCCUCCAUCACCUUUCUCAGGGCUAGGGCUGUGGAGGAAGGGCGCUGCCACACUGCCAGCUGAAGCACAGCCCUUCUGCAAGGAGGCAGAGGGCACAGGGCAGAAAUUCUACAGGCCUGUGGUUUUGAAACCCAUCCCUACCAAGCCUACCAUCCCCCCACCGAUUUUCAAUGUUUUUGGCUACCUUUAG